CACUCAGUGUGGGAAGAGUUUCUGCCACUUAGCAAACCUUAAUCAACACAUGAUGAUCCACACUGGAGAGAAACCAUUCACAUGCCACCAGUGUGGGAAGAGGUUCAGCAAAUCAUCUACGCUUUACAGACACAUGAGGAUCCACACCGGAGAACAACCAUUCACAUGCACUCAGUGUGGGAAGAGUUUCAACCAACCAUCAAACCUUAAUCUACACAUGAGGAUCCACACUGGAGAAAAACCAUUCACUUGCACUCAGUGUGGGAAGAAUUUCAUCCACUCAUCACACCUUAAUGAACACAUGAGGAUCCACACCAGAGAAAAACCAUUCACAUGCACUCAGUGUGGGAAGAGUUUCAGCCAAUCAGCAUCCCUUAAUCGACACAUGAGGAUCCACACUGGAGAGAGUCCAUUCACAUGCACUCAGUGUGGGAAGAGUUUCAGCCUAUCCUCAUACCUAAAUAAACACAUGAGGAUCCACACUGGAGAGAAACCAUUCACAUGCACUCAGUGUGGGAAAAGUUUCAGGCACUCAUCACACCUUAAUCAACACAUGAUGAUCCACAAUAGAGAGAAACCAUUCACAUGCACUUGUUGUGGGAAAAGUUUCAGGCACUCAUCAUCCCUUAAUCAACACAUGAGGAUCCACACUGGAGAGAAACCAUUCACAUGCACUCAGUGUGGGAAGAGUUUCAGCCUAUCAUCAUACUUUAAAAGACACAUGAGGAUCCAUACUGGAGAGAAACCAUUCACAUGCACUCAGUGUGGAAAGAGUUUUGGAAGAAAAGGCCAUCUUAAGAUUCACAUGAUGAUCCACACUGGAGAGAAACCAUUCACAUGCACUCAGUGUGGGAAGAGUUUCAGCUGCUCAUCAUACCUUAAUCUUCACAUGAGGAUCCACACUGGAGAGCAACCAUUCACAUGCACUCAGUGUGGGAAGAGUUUCAACCGAUCAUCAACCCUUAAUAAACACAUGAAAAUCCACACUGGAGAGAAACCAUUCACAUGCACUCAGUGUGGGAGGAGUUUCAACAGAUCAUCACACCUUAACGAUCACAUGAAAAUCCACACUGGAGAGAAACCAUUCACAUGCACUCAGUGUGGGAAGAGUUUCAGCCAAUCAUCAUACCUUAAUAAACACAUGAGGAUCCACACUAGAGAGAAACCAUUCACAUGCACCCAGUGUGGGAAAAGUUUCAACCAAUCGUCACACCUUAAUAAACACAUGAAAAUCCACACAGGAGAGAAACCAUUCACAUGCACUCAGUGUGGGAAGAGUUUCAACCAAUUGUCACACCUUAACAGUCACAUGAAAAUCCACACUGGAGAGAAACCAUUCACAUGCACUCAGUGUGGAAAGAGUUUCCGCCAAUCAUCAUCCCUUAAUCGACACAUCAUGAGCCACACUGGAGAG